AUGAUACAUCCCUCGCACUUCCGGAGGCUCGAGAGCCUCAGGAGGGUGCCGUUCGUGAACAACCUGCCCCGAGGAGACGUCGCCAGCGCGGCCGGCGCCGCCGCCACGGCCUCCGCGGCCGCCCCCGACGCCCGGGCCCGCGGCCGAGCCGUCCGCCGCUGCUGCCGGGCGGCGCCUGCUCCCGCGGCUCCUCCGCCCCAGCCGGCCCAGGCCCAGCGGGCGCGCGGCCCGGAGGACAGCCGCCGCUACCGGUUCGAGUACGUGCCCGAGGCCGGCGGCAAGGUGUCCUCGCGGGCGCGCCUCAAGCCUCACCCGUACCUGCCGCCGGAGUCCCUGGACUGUGAUAUAGCGCGCGGCCUGGCGCCCGCCGCGCACUACGAGCGCUUCGACAAGCGAGCGCUGCGCCAGCUGCCCAUCUACAUGUAG